AUGGCCAUAGAUAGGACCCGUGGGGAAAUUCAACCUCUAUUGCCCAAUGGCCACAGAGUAAAGCCUCUGGAUAAAAGAGUCAACCCACUGUUUUUUCUGAUAGUGUGUGGCAUUACUGCCAUGGCAUUCGAUCUUGGAGCCUACAUGGCGCAAGCCCCUCAAACUGCAAUCUUUGAACAAAUCAUCUGCCGAAAACACCUCGAGGGUCGUCUCAAUAAUAUAGCUGAUGUUCCACUCAAAGACUUCUGCAAAUCUGAUCUGGUGCAGAGUGAACUCGCAUUGGUUUUAGGGUACAAAGAUGGGCUCGAUGUGCUGCCCACUCUUUUACUUUCACUUCCCUACGGAGUUCUUUUAGAUCAUUGGGGACGAAAGCCUGUGUUAUAUCUUUGUGUUUUGGGUAUACUUCUUGCAGAGGUUUGGAUUAGGUUGGUUUGUUUAUUUCCAAGUGUCUUGCCUCUCCGCUUGGUUUGGUUUUCCUCAUUCUGGAAGAUAAUUGGUGGUGGUGACCUGAUGUUCUCAUCUGUGAUACUGACCAUGGUUGCCGACAUUUUCAAUGAAGAAGAAAGAUCAACGGCACUCUUUCGUAUUCAAUCCUGUGUGUUAAUCGCAGAGAUAGUAGCAACGCCGGUCAGCGCCUAUAUGAUGACAUUUAGUGAUUGGAUUCCCUACAACUUGGGGCUAAUCAUCAUGGUAAUUGGAGCAACUCCUUGCAUUUUUCUGCCUGAAACACUCAAAUACUCCAAAUCAAUGAGAGGUAGCAGCGAAGGCGGAGUGGACAACGAAUUGACCGAGCCUCUUAAAAAAACAAAUACGACACAAGAAAUCCUCCUUCGAGUGCACGAGUUUAAGGAUUCCAUUCGGUUCAUCUGGAACGAUAGCAAUGUCUUCUUGAUGGUUAUUGUUAUGUUUGUCUCCAUCUUGGGCAGACCACAAACGACAACUUUGCUUUUACAGUAUGCCUCGAAGAAGUUUGAUUGGAGCUUCGCCCGCUCUAGUCUUUUGAUCACACUGCGUGGAAUCUUCAGCCUCAUCAAUUUCCUGCUUGUCAUGCCGGUCCUUUCUGUCAUGUCAGCCAAGUACUUUGACCUGCAUGGGAAAUUCAAAGAUUGGCGCUGGAGUCAGAUUAUGGGAAUGCUGUCGGUCGUCGGUUUCUUAAUGAUCGGUAUAGCUCCCGUGCCAGCAGUCUUGACUGGUGGAAUGGUAGUCGCGUCUGUAGGCUCGGCUUUCGUAGUUACCAAUCUCAGUCUGAUAACUGCGCUUGUACGUCCCGACCAUGUCGGCACACUAUAUUCAGCCAUUUCCAUCUCCAGGUCUCUGGGUCAGCUAUUUGCAGGACCAUUCUCAGCUUACCUUUUCCAGCUGGGGAUGCAUCUAGGCUAUACAUGGAUAGGCCUGCCAUUUCUAUUUGCGGCGUUUUUCUCUUUUCUUGCAACUCUUGCAGUUUGGCGAACCCGGCUUUCGCGAUCAGAGGAUCAACAAUCAUCAUCAUAG